AUGGAGCGUGCGCCCCUGCCACAGGGCCGCAGGCUGCAGCCAGCGUGCUCUCCCCAGGGACCAGAAGGCACAGAACUACAGAAGCGGCCGAACAGGUCGCCGCCAAACGGGCUGCGGAGUCCAUACAAUGCACAGAGCCACGGAGCGCCUGCCCCCGCGAAGCAUGAAGGCUUCGUCGCGGCUGCUGGAGCUGCUGUCCUCCCGCGCUCUCAUUCCGUCGGUCGUGGAGGCACCAAGGUGUCCGCGCCGGCGCCAAAGAAGACAGGCGCGAUGAAGAAAGCCAGUGAUGUUCAGCCUCCCCAAGCUCCUCUACGAUCUGCAGCAGCACCGAGGACGCUGACGAGUGCUGAAGAAGCCAUAGAUGCCGUUGCAAUGGAUGACGUCCAGCAGCUGCUCGAGGAAUUGCCUACAAGGUUCCCCAUUAAUCAUACUCUCUUUUGUGGAUGCAAGGCUGCUGAUGGUUGA